UUCUCUUGAUUUACAAGUUAAGUUUUUCGUCAUUUAACUCAGAAGCAAUGACGACAUCUCUUCAAACCUAUAAAACGGAGAGGGUUGAUGAUUGGCUGAAUCUUCACAACCAUUCUCUGUUAAUUGAUAGAAUCUCACACACCAGUCAGAAGAAAAGAAAAAACUGCAGCGCCGUUUGCUACUCUUCCCCUAUCUGCAGCGCCAUCUCUCUCUCUCUUAAGCUCCCGAUGUGAUCCUAGCAGGUGAACGGUGGUGUCGGCACAAUGCCUUGCAGAACUUGGAGGGAAAGAUUUUGUUUUCCAGUUGGCUUUGUGCAUGACCAGCCCUAUGGAGGGAGCUGGGAAAUCUGUAGUUCUGAACAGUCUUAUUGGACAUCCAGUUCUGGUAAGUAGUACGUUGAAUCUUGUGGGAGUUUCUUAUGUUAAAUAUUUAUAGCCCGUAUAGUAACUGCAUUGGUUAAUAUGCUAAGCUUUGCAAUACUCUUGGACCCAUGAUAAGAGUGACAGUAUGUGUUCUAUUGUAAUGAACGUUACUUGGAUUUGUUGUUUUCGAAGCCUGUUUAGUUUUUGUACUAUGAUAAUUUACUUUCUUAUGUGCGUUAACAACAUUCGACGCAUUCUACAUUUUUUAAUUUUAAAUUUUAGAUGCUCACUCUGUUAGAAGUAAGAGAACCGGGAAAGCAGUAUGAAAGAACUAAGAGUGGGGAGGGGUUGCUGUGGUUCCCGUUGCUUGCACAAUGCUAAGAGGAUUGAAAAAUUCCUAAGUUUCAAGAGAAAUAGAUGCCAAAGCCCUCCGGCUUAGAAAGAAGUUCAAAACCACUCAAGGUUGUGAGGUUUCAGUUAAAGAAUAAGAUACAUGAGCUGAAAAAGCUCUUGAUGAUCUUGAACUCGAACCAAAAGGAGAAGUCUCAGGAAGAAAGAGACGGUUUGAAUACUGCUGAAGAGGAGGUGGAAGUUAAGGUUGAAAUCAAGAUGACGAAGGAAAAAAUCUCUAACUAAGACUAUUAUCUAACUGGGAAUUGACAGCGUUUGAAUUUCAAGCAUGUGGUGGACCAGAUCGCAAAUGUCUCAGUUCAUCAUCCCCAAGUCGAUGUGGUUGUGGUUACACUUCAAGCUUUUAUAGUUAUGCUUAGAUGCUGUGAAAAAGAUUACUAUAAAUGCGCACAUUUUGUUGAAAAUCGAGAUACCAUAACAUCUCUGUUUCAUGUCUCACUAUGAUCUUCUAAGCACAUUUCUUUUAUGUUUCUUAUAUGUACUACACAGACAUUAAUAUGGUUUGGACAUUUUUGCUUCUGCAGUUUUGUUUCAGAUUUUUGUGUGGUUUAGACAUUUUUGCUUAUGUAGUUAAAAAGGGUUUGACUAAAUUAUACAUAUGCAUUAAUAUGAAUUUAGACAUCUUUUCUCUUCGUGUUACAAAAAAAAAAAAAGACAUAUUUUCUCUUCUUCUUAUACAUCUCUUCUGAUAAUCACUACAAUUAUACUAAGCAAACUACUUGACUCCACCUUCUAUAACAUUUUAAACUAGAACAAUACAUAUAUUUUUUAACAUCUCCGCGCUUGCGCGGAGCUCCACCUCUAGUAAAUCAAACUAACAUAAAAACAAAAACACACGUAUCAUAUGUAGUAAAGUAACAAAAACACUAAAAAUAUCUUAAAAUAAAUAUAAAUACAAUACUAAAAGGCAAAUAUAAGCCAUGGAAAAAGUGUCCAUGUAGGAUAGAAAAAUCAACCAAUCAGAGAGUUCAAAGUUGCCACAUCAUCUGAUUUAUUAUUUUUUUCGUAAAAAAUGAAAAAAACAAUGCAAAGGAAAUGAUCAAACCCGGGUUAGUAUCACAUACAUAUAGGACAGUUACCACUAAGCCAUUGAAACUUUGUUGGACAGAUAUACAAGAAUCACUAAGUAUGUAAUCACAAACUCUUAUGUACAGUUACAAUAAUAUGAAUUCAACUUUCAAGACUCUGAUACUUUGUUUUGUAAAAAAAAAAAAAGUAAGUGACUAAGCUAAAAUAAGUAAACGAUAAAAUUCCAAAGGCCUAAAAGCCCGAUAAAGAUAAAAGCGAUAGAAGCCCAAAAGCCCAAUAGCACCAGUCCGAUAAUCAUUCCUCCUCGUCGGUCUCACCUGAAAGGGGGGGAAGAGUGAGGGGUGAGCGAAAGAGAAAUCGCCCAAUGAGGUAUGGGAUGCUACAAGUCCAUGAACCCGGACAUAGCACUCCGAAUAGAUAUAAUUUAAUUCUAAUACAUGUCAAACACGACACCUAAAGUACCCAAACAAUAAGCAAUGAUUCUAGCGAGUUGCGCACUCGCUGCCCACUAACGGGCUAAACAAACACUUCCGAGAGAGAGUGCUCGGUGUCACCGCCCUCAGACGAUUUAUCGACCACACCAGACUAUGGUCCUGCUGGUCGACUAACUGGCCGUAGCCUCUCAUACAUUCUGGCAUACAGAAGUUUGUCUCUGUACCCGGCAAAAACAAUUCUAACUAAGAAUUUACAUUAAGCGAAGCAAUCAAUGUUGAAUCCCCUAACAUCCUAAUUCCGGUUUAAGCAAGGAACCUAAUAACUAAACAAGUAAUGACAGACUCAAUUUCAAACAGACGGAACAAAUUAGAAAUAAGUUGUACUUAUUCUAGGUCCUAAGCCGUGUACGAGAAGUUCGGGAAUAAACCCUCACCUUAGCAAUAGAGAAAUGUGGUAUCUAUGAACUCCAGCUGCUCAAAUAGACUCUAAAUCUGAAAUCAGAGCAAAAUUCUAAGUCAAGACGGCUUUCGAACGGUUUAAAACAGGUUUGGUCAAAAUCUACGAAAAAGUCAACACGUUGGUCAAAGGUCAACCCGGUCAACUCUGUCCCAAGCCGGUCAACCCUUGACCAGAUUGGAAUUGAUUUAAACCAACCGGUUUUACUCAACCGAAAUCAAUUCCAAUUGGACCAUCUGGUUUAUCUUAACCAUCAACUUAGCUGUUUUCUUAAUCAUUUUUGGGUAGAUUAAAAAAUUUACUCAACCGAAAUCAAUUCCAACCGAAUUCGAAUUGAUUUUAACGGGCGGUAUAACCUAACCAACCCUAAAUCAAUUUAAACCAGUCAAAACCAACCGGUUGACCGAGUCACCGAGUUGACUCACCGGGUCGACUCGGCGGAGUUGGCGAGUCGCCGGCAAUAGUCACCGGCGGCGACGGCGGAGGGUGGCAGCUGCCUACCGGAAAAUCAACAGCGGCGAUGGCGGAGAGGCGGUGAUGCGGCGGCAGUUUCUCGGCAGCGAACGGAUGGUGGCCGGGCACGGCAGUUCCGGUGGACGUUGGUCGGAGACGGUGGUGUGUGGCCGGAAUGCGCGGUGGCUCCGGCGGACUGCGACAGCACGUGCGUUUCACGCUCACGCAGAGGUGAAACUUCAGGAGGCUCUAGUGGUUUGUCCGGGCUCCGAUUGCGGCGUGGUUGGUGUGUAUGGCUUCGUCUCGACGAGAUGAGCACGAUGGUGGUCUUGCAUGCACGAAAUUCUCAACGGUGAGGAAGUUAUGGGCGAUUUACUAAACGGACCCGAAACUGAAGCUAAUGCAUGUGGUUUCCGGUGUUACCUUGGGCAGUUAACGGUGGUGGCGAGCUCGACAUCGUCACGGCGAGAGAAAGCUCUGCUGAACUCUGGUGGUGGCUCAGGUUCUGCAACAAUUCCCCAUUUCUCCCAUUAACUCUUUCUCUCUAACCUUUUCUUGGUGAAUAAAACAAAGUGGAGAGCGAGUUUUUUAUAGAAAAUACUAUGGACUUCUGGGGAUAGGUUUGGGCCUCGACCUGAAUUCAUUGGGCCAGAAUGUGGGUCAUUACAUCUUUGGCAUAACGCAAUUAGCAACUCUAAGAGUUAAUUUUCAAUCAAAACAAUGAUACAUUAGAACCUCUAAAAAUUAAAAAUGUUGGGACUUUGAAAUUUUAUUAAUUUAUAGAAAUAUUAAUUUACAAAAGUUUCAUUAUUUAGAUUUCUUAUUUUAAGAUAUGUUUAUUCUAAGAUAAGAAAAAUAUUUGAUUUUAGUUUAUAGAUAUUAAUUGUUACUUUUAUUAAAUUUGACAUUUAUAUUAAUUUUAUUAUAUUAUUUGGUGUAUAUAAUAUAGAUUGCAUGGAACUUAAAUAUGCUUUUAGAUAUAAUAUUACUAAAUCUUAUCAAAAAUAUAUUAGGUGAUAAGAGAAUAUAAAGAUAAUUCCAUUGUAAAUGAAAAAAACAAAUAGUAUAAAAAUAGGUUCUUACUUAUAUAAAAUAUGUAUACAUAUAAAUUAUUAAUUUAUAAUUUUAAUGGGACCAUAUUUUACAUAGAAUUUUCUAAAAAAAUAUUAUCUUAUAAUUUUAUUGAUUUGUGUCAAAUUUUGAACCGACACAAGUUUGGACCGGCGAAAUUUAUUAAUUUAUAGAGAUUAUUAAUUUAUGGACUAUUAACUUAUAGAUGUUCUACUCUAUUUAACAACAAAAAUUAAGAAGAAAAUUAUACAAAAUGGUAAAAAAUUUGCACGAAGCGCGGACAAACCACUAGUAGAACAUAACUUCUAGCAUAAUAAUUGUAUUAGAAAAACUUAUUUAACAGAGACUGAAGUUAUAUAACAUAACAUCCAACAACAGUACCCAAAAAUGAUUAAGAAAACAGCUAAGUAAAUUUGCACAUAAUAUAUAAUCAAAAUUAAAAGACAAAUGUUAAACAAAAUGUCAAAAUUAAAGAGGAAAUUUUGAAGAAGGAGAAAAAUAUUUCGAUAAGCUGUACUGGGAAGAUAGUCAAUUUAAGUCCAAUCAAUGCUUGAGUAUGAUUAAUAAUUCACUUACUAGAUUCAUGAUCCCUUUGAAGACAAAGCAUUUAACCUAUACUGCCACAAUGGAGGCCCCAAAAAAUUGCCACAUCUUUGAGUAUGUGAGGAUUGUUACUACUUUAUUAGGAUGAAACAAAUUUUUUUCUUCCUUCAAAGAUGAUAAUCACAAAAACAAAUUUACAUAUUUUCCUUCUAAAAUAUCAAUUGUACUUUAUGUUUAAAUUUCAACUAAAUUAACUUUGUUACGACUAUCAGCUUUUAAUUCUAUUUUUAUUGAAUUGAUCAGUCACUUAUGAUAUUUCACUUUGAACUAAGCAACUUUAGAAAAAUUUAUACACUAUGGUCGCUAACCACUAUCAAAUAGAUCAUAAAAAAUCAUUAUUUCAACAUAUUUUCUCAUUUUCAUAUUUUUGAACAUAUUUGUUUUACAAAGACAAUAAAAUAAAUUGUAAAUUCAUUUAAGAAUAAAACAUACGAAUCUGGCGCGUAGCACCGGAAAACCACUAGUUUUACUAUAAAUAUCAGUAGUUACUAAUUAUUUUGUGACAAAAUCAUGAUUAGUUUUCUACCUUGUCAUAAAUAUUUGGUACCAAAAACAUAACUAUUUAUAGCCAUGUUUCUCCUGUGAAUAUUUCAUACUUUUUGUAUAAAAUUAAUGCAUUCGUGGCUAACAGAAAAUUCUACCAGGGUUAGAAACGAAGGUUUGAAUGGUAACGACAGAUUUGGUAAAAUAAAUUGGGUGUAAUUAAAGUGUGAUGCGGUGCAACAACGGUUAAUCAGUUUUGCGCGAUAAAUACAGUUUUAAUUAAAAAAAAUAGUGUGAAUUUGAUUAAAAAGAUAAUGCAGUUUUGAUAAAAAAUAUAAUGUAAAAUAAAUAUAUUAAUACAGUUAUAAAUUGAAUUUGUUUGUUUAUUCAUAAUUUCAUACUAAUUUUUAUUUUUAUAGUUUAAAUAUUCAAAUAUAUAUAUAUAUAUAUAUAUAUAUAUAUAUAUAUAUAUAUCCUUUAUUUCAUAAUUGUAACUACUAAUAUUUAAAAGAAACAAAAAUUCAAAUUUAUAUAAAAUAUACUUAUUAAGAAUAAUAGUAUUGAAUGUUUUUACUAAUAAUACUUAUUAAGUAAGAGAAUCACUUUAAGAAUAGUAUGAAACAAAUACUAAAUAAACUUGAACAAUAUAUAACCAAAUACUAGAAGAAAAGAACAGAAUUGAUUAUAUUUGAGAUACUUUAUGUCAAAAUAUUAAUUUCAGUUCAUAUGUUUUAUGCUCAGUUUAUUUCUCUAUUAUUCGGUUAAAAAUAUUAAAGAGUUAUUACAAUUGUGAUCCACAAAAUAUUAGUAAUGUUUAUUUAAUAGUGAUGGAAGAGAUAUUUUGAAUAAAAAUAAAUAGUUAUAUAAUUUUAUCAACAACGCAAAAAAAACUUUAAUAUUUCGAAAUCGCUUAGUAGUAGCAAAAUUCCGAAAUGAGUAUAUAUAUUUAAAAUGAAUAAAAACAUAUUUACCAUAUAACUAUUUUAACUGCAAUUUAUUAAAGAAUUUUUUGUCCAUCGCGGAUUUCGACUCAUACCGCUAUAUAUAAUUGGUGGUUCGAAAGCAAGUGUGUGUUGUGUUCGAAAAAAAGCAAGUGCAUUUUUGUUCAUUAAUAGAGCUCUACACAAAGUGCACUCUAUUUUUUUUUCUUACAAACAUCAUUUGAAAUAUUAAGAAUAAUAUUGAAUGUUUUUACUGAAUAUACUUAUUAAGUACUAGAAUCACAUUAAAAAUAGUAUGAAAUAGAUCUAUCUAUCUAUCUAUAUAUAUAAAGAAGAAGAGAGUCUCUUCUCAUGCUGCCGCGUCAGCGUGCUAAGAAGGAGAGAGUGCCACGUAAGUCUUUUAGAAUUAAGUAUUAACCAACGUUUUUGUUAUUUACAAGUUUUGUGAUUUCAUAAUUCUUACAUUUGGGCUCAAAUGGGCUGCGAGUCCAUAGUUAGAACUAAUUUCAACUCAUUUUUUAAUCAGUCCAGUCAAAAUUAUUUUCAUCGUCUCCUCUGCCGACGUUGAAAAAUCCUUAAUCUCAUUCUCUUGGCCGUUUCGUAGACCUGAGUAACAGAUCACCGAACUAAAAACGAAGCCAUUAAACCUACCAUUCAAUCUCAGUUAAGUCGAUCCCCACUACGUCUUAUUACUUCACCACCUCCUUCCUCUUCGGCUUCUUCCCCCUAUCAGACCUAAAAAUAGGCAUCGCCAGCUUGAUGGUUUUUACAAAUUCAACGCUCCUCUCUACUCAAAUAUUAGAAAUGCUCGAACUAUGGCUGCUUCCCAGAUAUCUCUUUCCGAGAUGGAACCAAAGCGUUGUACUCGAACCAUUGUCAUGGCCGUACUCUGGUUUCGGGAAGCUAAGAAUGUAAAGAAAAGUGGUGAAUUAAUGGGGUCAAUAUGCCUGCUCUUGGAUGAUCAGGACCUGAUCAUCAGGUAGUUAUUUUACAUAAUUUAUUGAAUUAAUUGCUCCAGUGCUCCUCAAAAAAACGUAUUCUCGAGUACUCCUCCCUUUUUUAAUGAUUUAUUAAUUUUUUAUUUAAAUAGGAAAAUUUGGUAAAAAACAACGAAAACAAGAGAAACUUAUAUAAUUACAAUUCUACCUAGCACCAUCCAAACCCGAACCUAAUACCAACCAAACAAAAUCGGAUACACACUUCCAGUAAUUAAAAAAUAUCGAAUACGUUUCCCCUUUCUUCUCCUUAUUGGUUGAAAAUUGAGGUUGAAAAGUAAAGUAAUAAAUGAACUUGUAAAAAUAAUAAUAAGGCAAGGUUUCACUGUCUCUAACUCAUUUCUUCCUGUCUCGACCAUUCGUCUUUUUCUUGAAAUUCUGAAAACCCUACCCAAUCGCAAAUCCUCAAUCGAGAAUCAAAACCUAAAAAAUGUUGAAUCGAGACGAUCCAAAGGCGAAAGAAGACAGCUCGAGUAAUGUAGGAGGAGAAGAAACGACGAUGGUUCCAGAAUCAGGAGAAGCAAGUAGGGAUUAAGCAAACCCAAGCACCAUCGACAAAUCUGUCGCCGCGGGAACAGAGCAAAGUCCCCGAGAUGCAGAUGAAAGCGAAGAAAAUGCAAAUGAGAAAGAGGAAGAGAAGGAAUCAAGUGAUAAAGUGGAAGAGAAGGAAUCAAGUGAAGUAGAAACUGUUGUUGAUGACCUAGAUGCGUGUAUAAAGUUCCCUUGGGGGCGGUAUGCAUUCGAACAUAACUUGAAGGAUGUCUCUAGCUUCUUGGAGAAAUGCGACACGGUUGUGCCAACGAGUUGGGUUUUUACAAGCUUUCCUAUUCCUUUGGAGGUAUUAUUAAGCUCUAUUGUACUUAAUUGUCUUAUUGUUAAGUUUAUGGGAAUGUCUUUUUGUUGUGUUCGUAGUUGUUGGCGCUUGAGGCAAUUCCAAGCUUGAGGAACCAUUUCCGAGAAAGUGUGAAUGGUGCACGCCCUGGGUACACGCCCUGGUUGCCCGUGGACGUGCAAGAUGCAGUACAAAGGCAAAGGUGGAACCAAGGCAUUCAGUUUGAAUGCAGUGAACAUGAAUCUUGGUGAUAGUAAGGUAAUUGAUGUUUUAUGUGUAGUCGAAACAAGGAGAAGAGACUUAUGAAAACUUGGUGAAACUAAGGUAAGUAAUGUUUUAUGUGUAUUUGGCACAUGAUAUUGCGAGUAUCUUGGUAGCAACAGCAGCUGAGAAGGAACUUCUGGAAAGCAUAGGGAUGGGCAAGGAAAGUUGUGGGGCCGAUGACAACGUGGUGCAUCAGUCGAUCGUUGGACCAAGAUAAUACAGAAAGGGAAGAAACAAGUUUUUUUUGAAGAGCAGUUUGGUAUCGAUUUUGCGGCUCGUACAGCUCAGGUUGAAGGUCCCACCAUUCCUGCUAUUGGAGGAGGAUCCAAUAAUGCCAAAUCUGGACAGACUGAUGCAUAUUCGGUGGAGGCUCCUGGAGUUGAGCCUUUAACAGCGAUGGAAGGUUGGCUUAUGAAUGCAAUCUCGGAUGGUACGAAGGAAGUUAACAAAAAAGUCAAGUCAUUGUCUGACCGGCUAACUCUUGUAGAAAACGAAGUGAAAAGUCUUAGGGUAAGUGUUUCCGGAAUGAGGGAACUGUCGUCGGAAGGGGAAAGUGAUAAUCCGUUCGACCAAGAUGGUAGUGAUAAUCCGCCAGAGGAAGAUGGUAGUGAUACUCCGUCGGAGGAAGAUGGUGGUGAUACAUUAUCGGAGGCACAUAAAGAUGGUGGUUCUAAGGAUGAUAGUGUUCUUGCUAUUCCAAACCAAGUGCAGAGUGAACAUGGUAAUCACUACAAAAAAAUAUAGAUAUUGUGACAAAACUUUGUGACAAAAAUUAUUUGUCACAAAUCUGUGACAUUUUGGAGACGAUAGGUGACUAAUUUUUCUAUGUCACAACUUCGUAGCUGUUUUGUCACAAUAUUGUGACGUCCUAAGUAGUAAUCAAUUUUUGUCGCAAUUGUUUACCUAAGAGUGACGAUAAUAAAUAACGUAUUAACCGUGACAUAUUUGUGACUAUAUUUACGGUGGUAAUUGUGACGAAUCUGUGAUGGAAUGGUAAGUCUCAUAUUGUGACAAGAAAUACUAAAUAUUUGUGACGAAUUGGUAAAAAAUUAUAACUGGCAUUUUUUUAUAAGUUAUGACUAAACAAUAUAGUAAGUAUCUUAUUUUAAACUGGAAACGUUUUAGCAUAGUCGUGAGUAUAGUGUAAUAUGUAAUGUAUAGUAUAUGUGGUUGACUCAGCAAUCAAGAUACAUGUAAGAGAGGUAUAGAAUUUCUUAACCAAUAAUUUGGGUUUCACUACAAUGUAACGUGAAACUGUGAAAGUGAUGAUCCAGUGUUGUUUAUGCUAAUGUUCAACUAACACUAUAAAUUCUUGUUCUAGCCAAAGUUAGCAAUAUUAAACUAAAGAGUUAUAUUUGUUCGAGAAUUAUAUUACUCAUAAUGUUUUUUUUUGUCAAGGAAUCAGUUUUCACUUACUAGGAUGAAGAUCUACACAGAGUAAAAAUAAUAAAUAUCUAAUCAUUUAAAGAAAGAGGAAAGAAAACCAAAACAAAACCUACUUAUUUUCAAAACUUAAUAGGAGAAUCAAGAAUCCCGGUAAAAGAGGAUUUAAAUUUGGGUUGUUACCAUCCUCAUCUAAUACCCUAAUAUUUCAACUAAUACACCGUAUAUAUAUAAAUAAAUUAAUAACUCCUCCUACACUUCAAAUGGGAAGGCCGACAUCCUCUCUUUCAGUUUUACCCUAAAAACUCUUCUCACACAAAAUUAAAGCCGUCCUUCAUUUUUCUAUGAACUUUUCAUGAUUUCAAAGAGUACAUUACGUGUGGCUAAUCUCCUGAUUUAGGUGUAUAUUUUCGCAAUCAAUUAUUUAAACAGCUUAUUGUUCUGAAAGUCAAAACGAUUUCUUACUUUCGGAUUUUUCUUUUCAUAUGCCAACUUUCUUUGGUUAUUCAUCCUUCUCUAAUUUGUUUGUUUGUCAACUGUAGAUGUAACUUCGAAUUGUGAAUGUGCUUUUGUAUGAGAGAGGACUGAAAAGGACAAGGCAUAAUUUGGAGAUGGUGAUGAUGACAAUAAGAGCUAUGUAAUACGUCGGUUAAUAAGAUCGGGAUUCUUUUCGUGUAAUACACAACAAUUUCUCUUGACAAAGGAACUAUGAAGAUAAUUAAGAAGACAUGCCUUGAUGAAUCUUCACAAUGGUUUUCAUCUACUUUUGGGAUCUCCGUCUUCGUUUAGUUUUUUUUCUGCUAUGAUUUUUGUCUUUUUUGUUAAUAUUUAUCAUGACUUAAAAUCUAUUGUAUUAUGAUGUAUGUUUCUAUGUAUGGAUUGUAUAUUUCUGAAAACAUUCAUAAAUAAUAAAAAUAGCCAAAAUGUUGUAAGACUCUAAACUAUUUUCACUAUUAGUAGCUAACAGAGAAGGCUAAGAAAAUCUGUGAGCUGUGACAAAAAUGUGACUGGAUUUUUAGUAAUAAUGAAUUGACGGAAUUAAAAAUUGUAAUAGUCAAAUAAUUUGAUGGAUGAAAGUGUUACGGAUUGGUGAUGACGUUGUAGUUUCUAUUUGUAACAAUAUGUUACUAAACUUUCGUUGUAUUCUGCUACAGAACCUGCACUGUCUAAUCGUCUCCAAAGGAGACAAUUUUAAGACGAUUUUUUUCGUCAAUAAUUGUAACGCUGUUGUUACUGCUGAUUUUCAUCACUGUUACUAACAAACUAGUUACAAAAUAAUUUUGUUACAAAUUAUGACGUUUUUUGUUACGAUGAAAAUUUGUGACGCUCUUAUUGUAACCGUUCAUAACUUGUCACAAUUCUGUCACAAUAAUUAUAUUGUUACGAAAUUAUGCUCAUUGUGACAAAAAAAUUUGUCACAAUAUAAUUAUUUUCUUGUAGUGAAUGGUGAUGACGACAUGUACUGCAGAGAUGUCUGCAGCGGCUGAGCAGCUCGAGACUGAGAUGCUUGAGAAGGAAAAUACUGAGAAGAACAAAAAGAAAAGGGCGAGAAAAGAUGAUGGAAAAGAAUUACUUCCUUCGAAACAGCCGAAGGUUUGCGGUAGGGGGAGGAGUCCCAUUUGGACAAGAGCCCAAGAGGAGGCAGCUCAGAAGGAGGCAGCUCGGAAGGAGGCAGCCCAGAAGAAGGACGCCAAGCAGAAGGGAGGUGAAAAGAAGCAGACGAAGAACACAGCUGAGAAGAAGGCAGCUCAGAAGGAGGCAGCAGCCCAGAAGAAGGCAGCCAAGAAGAUGAAGACAUGUAGAAAGAACAAGCAGACAAAGAAGAGAGGUAAGAAGACGUUGUGAAAUCCGUGUGUGGUUGUUUUAAUAAUGUCACAAGUAAUCGGUUGAACUAUAUUCGGUUUGUAUGACUUCCUUGAAUUCCCCUAUGACUUUUUUGUUUGUUGUUGAAGACUUAUGUUGUUUGGGACUUUUUGGUUUGUUGUCGAAGACUUGUGUUAUUUGUAGAACUGUUUAGAGUAGGUGAAACUUUUCAAAGUUUCAGUUUCAUCUUCGUCAACUUCGUCAAACUAAAGUAAAUUGGAACUGCGUAAAGUAGGUGAAACUUUUCAAAGUACGGGAAUGAGCAAGUAGGGGAAUGAGCAAGUAUGAGAAACUGUGUAAAGUUAAACUUUUAUCUUAGUCUAACUUCGUGUAACUAAAGUAAUUCAUGAAAGAGCAAAAGGAGCAAGUAUGGGAAACUGUGUAAAGUUAAACUUUCAUCUUAGUAUUACUUCGUGAAACUAAAGUAAUUCGUGAAAGAGCAGAAAGAGCAAGUAUGAGAAACUGUGUAAAGUUAAACUUUCAUCUUAGUCUACCUUCGUGUAACUAAAGUAAUUCAUGAAAGAGCAAAAAGAGCAAGUAUGAGAAAUUGUGUAAAGUUAAACUUUCAUCUUAGUCUUACUUUGUAAGACUAAAGUAAUUUGUGAAAAAGCAAAAAUAGCAAGUAUGGGAAACUGUGUAAAGUUAAACUUUCAUCUUAGUCUUACUUCAUGAAACUAAAGUAAUUUGUGAAAGAGAAAAAAGAGCAAGUAUGGGAAACUGUGUAAAGUUAAACUUUCAUCUUAGUCUUACUUCGUGAAACUAAAGUAAUUCGUGAAAGAGCAAAAAGAGCAAGUAUUGGAAACUGUGUAAAGUUAAACUUUCAUCUUAGGCUUACUUCGUGAAACUUUUAAAUUGAUUGUCUUCGAUAACAAUUAUACCAUAACAUAAGAUAAUAGGAACAUGAUCCGAUCUUUCAACAUCAUCCUUAAGCAAAUAACAGAGAUAUUCCACAAGGACAACAACAAAAGAAAGACUUGCUAAGAGCCAACACAUGUCGUGGAUUGAACGCAUGUCAUGGAGUGGUAGGAUUCAGACGGUUAAGCUUAUACUUGAGUUCAGUAAUCUCUGCAGCCAUCACAUCAACACGCUUCCUUAACAGUUGAACCUUUUCCUGGACACCUGAAAGUAUCAAAAUCUGUACAAAAAACCCGAAAGAAUCCAAAAAUUACCUCGAAAUUUUUGCAAGUGAAGUAUUUUCUCCCUGGUAAAGUGUCAAAAUCGGUUUGAUACUUCAGAUCCCGUGACACCUCGUUGAUGAUUCCCCCCCCCCCGCCCAACAAGGGCAUCUGGUCGGAAUCCCACACUCGGCAUCCAUCACGAAGUCAAGCAUGUCGAUGUCAUCCUUCAACGCCUUCAUCUCCCUGUCCUCCUCAUAUGGAUGAGUCAUGAUUCUGAGUAUCCGAGUUAGGAAGAAAGAAGAAAGCUCGAGAAGAGAGGGUUUGAAGAGAAAUCUGAAAUCUCGAGAGAGAAGAGAAAUCUAGAGAGAGACUGAAUAGUGGAUAAAUGAAUGGGGGAAACAAAAAAAAAGGAGUCGAUUCGAUUCCGCAUCGAUUUUUGGGGAGAGUCAAAACUCAAAAAAAUGGGUGGAAAAAUUCGAAAAGCUCGGUGGAAAAAAGUUUAUGUGCUUAUAGUUUCACAUAGUUUGUAGUUAUACAAAAACCUUUACAGUUUUACUUUUCUGUUAUUUGCAAUUGUUUUAGUUUUACUGUACUUAGAUGAUUAGUGUUAUAGUUAUACCAGCUAUAUUAUGUUUUCUAUAUGCAUUUCUAAUCUGGACAUGUAAAAAUAAUUUUGAUUUCCUGAUAUAUAUAACUUUUCUAAUCGCACAAUGUAAAUAAUGUCCAUCCUACGUGUGGACGAGUAUAUCAGCAGCGAAGAAGCUUUUGCUUUUGGGUAUUAGGAGUAAAGUGCACUCAGGAUAUGAAAUCAAUGUCUGGCAGGAUCUGUGGAUUCCCUCGACGCCAGCUAGGCCGGCCCGCCCUAGGGUGCCAGUCGUAAAUCCAAAGAUGCUUGUAAGUAGUCUUAUAAGUUCGGAAUCAAAGGAGUGGGAUGCUAGGAUACUGGCACAGUAUGUUGAGCAAGAGGAUAUACAGCUGAUUAUGAGUUUGGCCAUAAGCCCAACACAUCGCAGAGAUUCUUUCUGCUGGAGCUAUACUAAAAACGGCCAAUACACGGUUAAGUCUGGGUAUUGGGUUGCUACAAAUAUAUUGGAUGCGGAGGAGGAAGCUGAAGUCAAACAACCUAGCAUCACCGAACUUCAAGCCUUUGCUUGGAAAGUGAACGCUCCUCAGAAAAUUCGCCAUCUUAUAUGGCAAUUAAUUUCGGGGCAGGUUGCAGUAACAAGGAACUUAAUACGUCGUAAUCUGCGGUGUGAUGAUUACUGCCCAAGAUGUGGAGAGCCAGAGGAAAAUGUAACCCAUGCGAUCUUUGAAUGUCCCCCAGCGUUACAAGCAUGGGAGCUAUCAUCUACGCCGUCAAACCCCCAAACUUUCCCCAUAUCGAGUUUGUACGCCAAUAUGGACUACCUUUUCUGGAGGAAAAAUACUAUUAGAAGGCCAGAAGGUGAUAGAGACCCUUAUCCCUGGAUAAUCUGGUACAUCUGGAAGGCGAGGAAUGAUAAGUUAUUCAGAGGGAUUGACAGGGAUCCUCUGGAACUGGUCAGGUAUGCAGAGAGUGAAUGUCAGGCUUGGUAUAAUGCUAAGGAGUCUAUACCUAAUCCCCCUCAGGCACCAAACACUGAAGUGAUACAAGCCUUAAGCUUGAAUAAUAUGUGCAUGGUGGAUGGCUCUUGGACAUCCACAGAUCUAUUCAGUGGAAUUGGUUGGGUAUGGAAGGAUAAUACGGGAAAGAUCCAACUUAUGGGAACACGGAAUUUGAGGAGACGGGAGACAGCACUACACUCGGAAUUGGAAGCAUUAAAAUGGGCAUUGGAAAGUAUGCUCCAACAUUCAAACUGCCAACACUUUGGUACAUAUUGCAAGGACCUGAUAGCUAUGAUAACGGAACCCCAAGCCUGGCCAAAGUUUUCAACGGAGCUGGAAGCCAUUCAAAUCAUCCUCAUGUGUUAUUCGGACUUCAAGAUCACCUACGUGCCAAGAACACAGAAUGAAAUUGCUGAUUCUUUAGCUAGGAAUGCUCGAUCUUUUCACAGAUCUCUUUGUUUUAUUGGUUGUUCUAUUCCGGUCUGGCUACCCAGACCACCUCAUGUUUGAGUAAUAGAAUAGCCGUUUGUUGA